AAAGUAAAAAGGGUGCCCACAAGCUCAACGGUCGCACCCUCCUUAUCCCCAAUCCAAACGCCAAACCGCGCAAGCCUCACAUUUCCCUCCCAUCUCCCCCACACAAAACCCUAAACUUUUCCGUCUCCUCUCCUGCUAACAAAGAUAAUUCUGAACCUCAGAGCUCUGCAACUCUCCAACUUAGCUCUGCAUUUCCCUCAAAUCCACCAUAAUUGAUGCUCUGCAACUAAUCCGCACCACCAUCCACAAUGGCCUGCUCAAACCUCGCACUCUUCUCCCCCAAGACCUCACACCAUCUGUCGAAGAGCCAUUCCCAGCGCUCCCGGACAGCAACAAUCGUGUGCGGCCUCCGGGAGCUCCGGGAGCGCAUUGAUUCCGUCAAAAACACCCAAAAGAUCACCGAGGCCAUGAAGCUGGUUGCUGCUGCCAAGGUGCGUCGUGCCCAAGAAGCCGUGGUGAAUGGCCGCCCCUUCUCGGAAACCCUGGUGGAGGUCCUCUACAACAUCAACGAGCAGCUCCAAACUGAGGAUGUCGAUGUCCCCCUCACCAAUAUUCGCCCCGUCAAGAAGGUCGCCCUGGUUGUUGUCACAGGUGACCGUGGCCUGUGCGGCGGGUUCAACAACGCCGUCAUCAAGAAGGCCGAGGCCCGUAUUGCCGACCUGCGGUCGCUUGGCGUUGCCUACACUGUCAUCUCUGUUGGGAAGAAGGGCAAUUCAUAUUUCCAACGCCGCCCUUACAUCCCGGUCGACCGAUUUCUUGAGGGCGGGAACCUCCCGACUGCCAAAGAAGCCCAAACCAUCGCCGAUGAUGUCUUCUCUCUCUUUGUGAGUGAGGAAGUUGACAAGGUUGAAUUGCUCUAUACAAAGUUCGUCUCUCUUGUGAAAUCAGAGCCGGUGAUCCACACUCUGCUUCCCCUCUCUCCAAAAGGCGAGGUCUGCGACGUCAACGGGAUUUGUGUGGACGCGGCAGAGGAUGAGCUCUUCAGGCUGACAACUAGAGAGGGGAAGCUCACAGUGGAGAGGGACGUGGUGAGGACCCCGACACCAGAGUUCUCCCCGAUAUUGCAGUUUGAGCAGGACCCUGUGCAGAUUUUGGACGCGCUGCUGCCGCUUUAUCUGAACAGUCAGAUACUAAGGGCCCUGCAGGAGUCUCUUGCAAGCGAGCUGGCAGCCAGAAUGACAGCCAUGAGCAAUGCGACAGACAAUGCCAUCGAGUUGACGAGAUCGCUGUCCAUAGUGUACAACAGGCAGAGGCAGGCCAAGAUCACAGGCGAGAUUCUCGAGAUCAUUGCCGGAGCAGACGCACUUGUAUAAUUCAAGUAUAAGAGAGCAAUUGUGAUUCUUCUCUGGCUUUCCACCUUCUAUGUGAUUUCUCUUCCUGUUCAAGAACAAACAGGGCCUUGUUUACUCUCUUGUAGCUUCUAAGAGCUGGAGAAUAAUGAGAAUUAUUCAAUUCCUUACUUUGAUAUGUAUAAGGCGGAUUUGCAAAUAAUAAUAUUUUCCCUAGAAAGUCAUUUUCUUCU